AUGGCUCACUCGAAGGGCAGCUUUUCAUGGACAAGCCCCUUCCAUCCUUGCCUGGAGAACCCAGCACUCGACUUGUCAAGCCACCGAGCGAUUUCUUCUCUUGACCUUCUAGGAGAUUUCAAGCAUGCCUUGAAACCAGAGGAAACUUCAGUCUACGAGGAGGGGAGCUCCCUUGCCUCCAUGCCCCUCCCGCUGCGCAGCCGGGCCUUCUCAGAGAGUCACAUCAGCCUGGAGCCUCAGGGCACCCGGGCCUGGGGGCAGCAUCGGAGGGAGCUCUUCACUAAAGCUGCUGAGACUCAGCCAGAUCCUCUAGGAGCCAGGAAGAAGGCCUUUCCUCCUCCUCGGCCCCCUCCUCCCAACUGGGAGAAGUACAGGCUCUUCCGUGCAGCCCAGCAGCAGAAGCAGCAGCAGCAGCAACAGCAGCAGCAGCAGCAAGAGGAGGAGGAGGAAGAGGAGGAAGUAGAAGAGGAAGAGGAUGAAGAAGAAGAGGAAGAAGAAGAGGAGGAGGAAGAGGAGGGAGAGGAAGAGGAGGAGGAGCUGCCACCCCAGUAUUUCAGUUCAGAAACCACUGGUUUGUGUGCUGUCAAUCCUGAGGAGGUCCUGGAGCAGCCACAACCCCCUGGCCACCUGGAGGCCUCAAGGCAGAGUUCACAAAGCCUCCCAGAGCCAAAGUCCUUUGCUCUCCAUUCCAGCAACCUCCUGCCUGCCAUAAAGGGCCACCUGGGAUCUCAACCUGAGCCAGCCCAGCCCCCUUGCUAUUAUGGUGGACUGUGGAGGCCAUCAGAGCAGGCCACUGACUCCCCCAAGCCAGAAGCCUUGAUGGCAGAAGAGUCCAAAUCCAAGCCAGCAAGGACCCAGAACUACUUCUUUCCUGAGGAGAAAUUCUCUUUUAUGGGCUGGGGCUCUGAGAAGCAACACCUCAACCCCACAGGCUUCAGUGAACCCAAGACAACAGGAAAAGAAUUUCAGCACUUCUCACCUCCUCCAGGGGCCCCAGGAAUCCCUACCUCUUACUCAACUUAUUAUAAUAUUUCUGUGGCCAAGGCAGAGCUGCUGAACAAGUUAAAAGAUCAACCCGAGAUGGCAGAGAUUGGCCUGGGAGAGGAGGAAGUUGACCAUGAACUGGCUCAAAAAAAGAUACAGCUUAUUGAAAGCAUUGGGCGAAAACUCUCUGUCCUGCGGGAGGCCCAAAGAGGGUUGCUGGAGGACAUCAAUGCCAAUGCUACCCUUGGAGAGGAGGUGGAAGCCAACUUAAAAGCUGUCUGCAAAUCCAACGAGUUUGAAAAAUACUGCUUGUUUAUUGGGGACCUGGACAAAGUGGUCAACCUGUUGCUGUCACUCUCUGGACGACUGGCCCGGGUGGAGAAUGCUCUCAACAGUGUUGACACAGAGGCCAACCAGGAGAAGUUGGUGCUGAUAGAGAAGAAGCAGCAGCUGAUGGGCCAGUUGGCGGAUGCCAAGGAGCUGAAGGAGCACGUGGACCGCCGGGAGAAGCUGGUGUUUGGCAUGGUCUCUCGCUACCUGCCUCAGGACCAGCUCCAAGAUUACCAGCACUUUGUCAAGAUGAAAUCUGCUCUCAUCAUUGAACAGAGAGAGCUGGAGGAGAAGAUCAAGCUUGGGGAAGAGCAGCUCAAAUGUCUCAGGGAGAGCCUGCUCCUGGGGCCCAGCAAUUUCUAAUUUGACCAGCAGGUUGCCACAGCAUCCCUGCCCAGCCCCAGUGGGAAGUGCUCUGAAUCUUCAGUAGCAGUUUGUUAGCAAGUACAUAAGCAGUUAGUUAGCUGGUUGUUCCAGCCUUCUACCUUGGAUGUCUCUCUCUGUCUCUUCCCUAGCAGUGGUUCCAGCCAGCUACGAGACCCUGGGGAGGCACCAAGCUUCUACCCUAAAGAACUGCAGCAGGGUAUGAUCACGCAACCACACUCUUUCCCACAGUGUGUGCGGGCCAGCACUCACUGCCCACAGAACCAAUGCAGUGCCUUCAUUCUUCUGUGUACUAGAACACCAAAGACAUCAUGAACUCACACCCACCCGCACCAUAAUCAGCCUCUUAAGACUCAGAGAGAAACUGUCUGUAUAGCUCCCCUUGCCACCAGAGCUCAUGGCCCAGCUGUUUGCCACAGAGAUCUGGCUCACCUGUGGGCACUCAUCUACCACCAGUUUUAGGGCAUUACUCAAGCUUUACACAUUAACAGAAUGCCAGCAAAGUUUGGGUAUCCCAGUGCCCCCCCAGGAAGAAGCCAGCCUUCAAUAAGUUGGCUCCACUUCUACUUUCCCAGCAUCUAGUUGAGGAGGAAGAGGCUACUCCCAGCCCUGGUGUCACCUUCUUCCUGUCCUAAGACUUUGGGUCUACCACCACAUAUUGCAUCUUGCCCUUGUAUUUCUAGGAGUUACAAGUGCCUAACCCAGGGUUGCACACUAGGGACCUUGAAUAGCUCUACUACAGCUGACUUCUGGAUAUAGGUUUCACUAUUGGGGGUAGGGGGUUCUUAUCGUUAUAUUUUAAAUGGACUUUGAAUUUAUUUAUUUUUAUGCUUUGAUUUUUUUUUUCUUUUUUAACUAAUAAGGCAAGAAGAGGGAAGUUGGAGAGGGAAAACUUAACCCAGAAGGAAAGCAUUUUCUACAGAUCAGCCUGAAUUCACUCGCUAGGUAAGCCAGUACCGAGGCAUUGAGUUCUUCCCACCUAAAAAAGGAAUUCUCCCCUUGACUCAGCCUCCCUACUAUGCUUUGUGCUGCCCGUGAAGUCUGGAUAACCAUGAACUUAGCAUCCCUAAGCAGGGUUCAACGUUUUAUUAGAUUUGUAAAACCAAAGAAAUCUCCUAAUACUGACAAAAGGUCACCCAUUUCUCUACUAUCUCCAGUCCUCAGGAUGAGUGGAGGUGAGCUCCUCUAACAACUGUUUUCUCAGCCUGUGGCCAGCCUCAAGAAACUGAAACUGUGGUAGUUAGGAGCUGCAGCCAGGGUCAGGCCCCAGAGCAAAUGAAGAUUCAGCCAGUUGUCCCUCCUUAUCCUCAGGGGGGGUAUUCUAAGACCCCCCCCCCAGUAGGUGCCUAAAACUCUGGAUAGUACCAUACCCUAUGCAUACCAAAGUAGUUGAUCUGAUGACUCAGACGGCUGCUAAGUGACUAAAGGGGGGUUACUCUGAAUAGCAUGGAUACACUGGACAAAGGGAAGAGUCAUGCUCAGCAUGGGUGGAGCAAGAUGGAGCAAAAUUUCAUCACACUGCUCACAAUGGACUACAAUUUAAGCUUAUAAAUUGUUUAGUUCUGGAAUUUUCCAUGUAAUGUUUUCAGACCAUGGUUCAUCACAGGUCACUAAAACCACAGAAAGUGAAACCAUAGGUAAGGGGGGGCUUACUGUGCAAAGAACUAAAACUACUACUAUUGUCAAGACCCUGACACUGGUAACCAGCUUCUCUUGUGGAAAAGCACUCAGGUGGGCAGUGGCAGGAAGGGAUUGUAGCCAAAAUCUAUCUAGCUUAAUUUCUUGAUCCUUGCUAACUGGGACCAGUCCUUGGUAUUAUACAGCCCACAUAAGCCCAGCACAGCCAAGCCCUGGCAUCUCUUCUUGUUACUGCUGAGUUCCUCAGGGUCCUUGGAGGUUCACUGUAGCAGCAGGGGUACCUCAUUCAACCAAAGAAUUUGCCAAGGAACUGUGCUGCUGUGACAAAUACCUGUCACUAGUUUCCCUUCCAUUUCCUUUGCAUUGUGUCUGAAAAUAAUGGGAAACUCUCGGCCAACAGGGUGUCCUGUAGGGAUAGUAACCCUUUCUGUGAGGCUGUGGGUAUGCUUUUAAAGUACUGCCACCACUUCCAGAACCACUGUUAGAAUGUCCAUCUUCCAUUCUCCCCUCAAGUGGAAGAUUCUACUCUCUUCAGGAAGACUGAUGACUUAUAACACGCUAGGUUUACCCAAAUGAAGGUUGAAGGAGAUCAGGGAAUGCUUUGAACAGAGGCCAUGAUUGCCUUGUCUUUAUUUCAACAGGCCCUAGAACAAACAAUAAGCAAACUGAAAUGUCUUAUAUUGGGGAAGUGAGGCCAUUGUGUUCUAUCAUCCUAAGAUUUUUUUUUUGACUAGAAUACAUUUUGGUGAAUACGGGCCUAGAGGAAAAGGAAAUCACUUACCUGGAUACUGUGGCCAUAGCCCAGGUACUUCUAGUUAGUGUUACAUUGAUUAUACCUUAAGUUUAUGAUAUCAAAAAUACUAUGAACUCUGGGGGUUUGGGUGGGGUUGUGGUGCCGUGGAUGGAAUCCAGGAUCCCGUGCAUACUAGGCAAGUACUCUACCACUAAGCUAUAGCCUUAGCCCUAACUCUGGUAUUUUUAGCACUCAUCCCAUAUCAAAUCAGUUUCUAGAGUUGGAGUCAGGACACAAGAAUGCUUAGUUUCCAAAGCAUUUAAAACAUAACCCCAGGGCUGGUGGAAUAGCUCAAGUGAUGAGUGCCUGCCUGGCAAGCGUGAGGCCCUGAGUUCAAACCCUGGUGCCGCCAAAAAAAACAUAAACCCCCCAAACUAUACUGAGCAGUGAAGUUCAGUAGGCAAAGGUGAAAUACUAAACCGAUACUGGCAUGCCAUGCUCCCGCCAUGAUGGUCUCAUUAUGAGUGAUAGUGCUGCAAAGCUGCCACUAUUACUUGAGAUGGGGUAUCUCUCCCUAUUCUCGGUUUCUGGACUCAGCCUUUCUCCAAAGCCUCUGAAGGGGUAGCAGUUUGUAAGGCAGGCCAAAGGAUUUCCCCAAAGGGGAAAUAUAUUAAUAUUAAUAGGCCCACCAGGAAUAGGUAAGCAGGGUAGUGUAUAGAUAAAAAGGAGUCAGUGCAAGAUUACUAUCAUACAUGGCCUCUUACUUCCCCCAUUCCAGGGCUCUGAAUAAUUGAGUCUCCUUGAGUCCCAAAGCUGGAGAUGAAGCCAGGAUAUAGAAAUAAAUGCCCAAGUGCAAUCCAAGAGAAUGAGACAGAGACACUGAAACUAAAGUCCUAGAAAGGGAGAGAUUAAAAGCAGAGGAAAGAAGAGAGUGAAAAAGCUGAAAGGCCUCUUUCAAGGUGAGGGUCAGAUUCUGUUUGCCCUUUAACUUCACGUGCCAAAUAAAAGCUACCCAGAGGCACCAGAGUCACAUUCUGAACCCCAGCCUCCCUGAAGGUGCUGCUAUGCCAGUAGCAGGCCCCAGAUGGGGGAAGCUGGGUACAUUUCUGGCCACUUCCACCCAUCUGGUGCUUGGCAACUCCCAUUAUCUUCGCCAGAGGAGUUGUGUAUGCCAAUAAUAUUUCUGCA